UCACCUCUCACGGCUGCAGCAGGUGAUCCAUGGAGGAGACACAGACACAGACACAGAGCCGACGCGUGGAGGAGAUACCGGAGCUGGACGGACUGGAAUCAGGAUGGUCUAUACCGCUGCGCUGCUCUUUGGACACGGAGUGCCCGUUCUGUCGGAGGAAGAAAGCGUCGUAGAGAUGAUAGGAAAGUAUUUCCUCCAGCUCACCUCCCCGGGCCGAGGGACGAGCUCUGCCCGGCGGGGGAGCGUCGACAGCUGCGACGAGACAGAGAAAUACUCGCCUUUUGCCAACAUGGACGCUGGUUUGGAGCAUGAAGAGAGGCUCCUGCAGCAAGAUGUGACCCGGCAGAUAGAGCGCUGCUUGACAGAGGCCAAAGCUUCCACCCUCCACUGCCAGAUGCUGCUGCUACCUCACCGGAUGACCUCCAGGGUCGGCCAGGACGUGGUCCGCUCCUCUGUCGAUGAGCCCUGCGGGCUCCGGGGCGCAUCCAUCAAAGUCUAUGUGGAAGGCAGAGAUGGCCUAAAGUCAGCAGGGAGCAUCCUCCUGGACCCGAGUGUCACCCCAACAUUCGAACUGUCUGUGAUCUUCAAGGCAGACAAGGACGACGGCUGGCCACCGCUCAAGCACAUAUUUGAUACCAACAAAGUGUUGAAGCUCAGACCAGAGUACCGGCUGGUGAAGAGGAAGCUCUACUCUUCAGCUAGCCCUGUCAUCCAUGAUUUCAGCUAGGAGGAAGUUAAGAAUGUAUACCUGUGUUACCAUACCUCUUUUUUUUUCGUUUGUUUGAAUUUUAUUCUCAACUUUGUCAGGUGAAAGUUUGGCCUGGACUGCACUGGAGUUUUGCGGUGUCAUAUUUCGUAUCUAAAGAAUCGGAUUGUUCUUUAUUCAUGUAUGAAUGUCUAACUUGGAGCAGAAGUGUCAAACUGCUUGUUUACCUAAUGCAUACAGUAUUUUGCACAGAAUGGAUUAAUGUUAAGUGUUCACUCUAAACUGAAAAACUUCCUUCCAGGAUUGGGCGGGUCUCACUCCUGAAUUGUGCUGUACUUUUUAUAUUUAUGCAUUUGUAAAAUAAAUAUUUCACA